AUGGUGUCUAGAGGAGGAGCGAGGGGGUUGAGGGAGGCGAGCGAGCCGACGACAAGCGGGGAGCAACUCGUCCCCAUCUCUCACCUCAUCUCACUCGCCAGCACCCAGCUCAAGCUUGCUACAAGCCACGCGCACCUACUCGGAUCACUCCUGAGCCCGCCCUCGGCUUUGCGCCAAAGCUCCCCGUGCCCAACUCACCACUCGACCUCCGACGACCUGGCCGCUCCUCGACCAACGAGGGUCGCCCUCCGCCGCGCUCUCAAAGUCGCAGGCUGGGGCGCAGUCGCCCUCUUCUUCAACGAGCAUGUCUACUCGAUCGCCACCGUCUCGGGCAGGUCCCCGACCCUCAACCCGGACUCGCCGAGCAUGAUCAAGGACAUCGUCCUCCUCAACCGCUACGCCGCCCUCGCCGCCGCUCACGGCGACCGCAGCGGCUUCAAGCCAGGCGACGUCGUCGCCGUCAAGUCGCCCGUCAAGCCCGGCACGCUCCUCAUCAAGCGCCUCGUCGCGCUGCCGAACAGCAUCGUGCGCACGCUCGCACCCUACCCCGAGUCGACCGUGCGCGUCCCGCAAGGGUCCUGCUGGAUCGAGGGCGACGAACGGUACCACUCGCGGGACUCGAACACGUUCGGACCUGUCCCGAUGGGCUUGGUCGAGAGCAGGGUCGACUGGGUCUUGUGGCCGCCGAGGUGCGCCCUCUGCCUCUCUCCUCUCUCUCUCGCUCCAGAGACUCGAGACUCAUGA